AAUUAACAAUAGAUGGUGUAUCAAAGCCAAGACUUGGAAAUAGCCUACUUGAAUUGACAUUAUUCUACGCUGCCAAGAAUGCAGAAUGUGAGCCCUUUCUUUUGCGCGUGUCAAUCUCAAGAGGGAGCUAAUGUCUUUGAUAAUGAAGGUAUAUUUGUUGUUUAAAUCAGAUCAGCAUAAUUAAUGUUUUGACGUUGACCGCUUUUUUGUGGAACAUUUCUCCCUGGCUUGUUUGUCCUUGCCGCUUUGCUGGUUUGCACUAGUUUUGACUGUUUGACAGGCGGCCAGCUUGAGGUCAGUUGGCUGUCCGCCUGAGUCGCGCUUCACAGUGGACUUCAGAUUGUUUUGUUUUUUUCUACGUAGGGACCAAAAUUUGCCAUAUUUAGACUCGCGACUUAACGGAUCCAGGCUUAUCGCGGCUCGCGGAUAAAGUGCAAGGGUUAGCAGAGACUCGUGCCGGGAAUAGAACAUGACUCGUGAGCCUGUUAUGACUGGUGUUGAGGAUGUUCCUAUGCUGAUACCACCACCCCAAGUGCCCAAGGGGGUGAACAUGAGGACCUGCCAGGUGGUUGAAGCCCCGUUAGCCGAAGUGGAGGGCUUCAUAGAUGAUGACGACGAGCCUAUUCUGUUAGAGAAGUGUUCUGCCCCUCUGGAGGUGGAGGCAGAACCGGAAGAGAAGCCAGAACCGGAGCCAGAGAAGGCUGGACCGGAGCCAGAGAAGGCUGGACCGGUGCAGGUAGUGGUGGCGCAUGAGGAUGACCACGGCUUUGAGCUGGAUGCGGCGGCUUUGGAGAGCAUCCUGAUGCAGGAGCACGUGCGGGACCUCAACGUGGUGGUGCUGUCCGUGGCCGGAGCUUUUCGGAAAGGCAAGUCCUUCCUGCUGGACUUCAUGCUGCGCUACAUGUAUAGUCAGUCCACUAGCUCAUGGAUGGGGGGGAAUGACGACCCUCUAACUGGCUUCACCUGGAGGGGGGGCUGUGAGCGAGAGACCACAGGUAUCCAGGUGUGGAGUGACGUGUUUGUGGUGGACAAACCAGAUGGCAGUAAGGUGGCUGUUCUCCUAGUGGAUACGCAGGGAGCCUUUGACAGCCAGUCCACCAUCAAAGACUGUGCCACGGUGUUUGCUCUCAGCACAAUGACCAGCUCUGUACAGGUCUACAAUCUUUCCCAGAAUAUUCAAGAGGAUGACUUGCAACAUCUUCAGCUGUUCACGGAGUAUGGCAGACUGGCGUUGGAGGAGAUCUACGAGAAGCCUUUUCAGAAACUAAUGUUCUUGAUCAGAGACUGGUGUUACCCUUACGAGCACAGGUAUGGGCUGGAAGGAGGCAAUGGUUUCCUGGAUCGACGGCUUCAGGUGACGCAGAACCAGCAUGAGGAGCUGCAGAACGUCCGUAAGCACAUCCACGCCUGCUUCUCCUCUAUCGACUGCUUCCUGCUGCCCCAUCCAGGCCUCAAGGUCGCCACCAACCCCAACUUUGAUGGCAGGCUGAAGGACAUCGAUGACGAGUUUAAGAGCACUCUACAGGAACUGGUGCCUCUGCUGUUGGCUCCUGAGCACCUGGUGGAGAAGGAGAUCAAUGGAGCCAAGGUCACCUGCAGAGACCUGCUCGAGUACUUCAAGGCUUACAUCAAGAUCUACCAGGGGGAGGAGCUGCCCCACCCCAAAUCUAUGUUACAGGCGACUGCUGAGGCCAACAACCUGACUGCUGUGGCUGCUGCCAAGGACACCUACAGUAAAGGCAUGGAGCAGAUCUGCGGCGGCACCAAGCCAUACAUCGCGCCCUCUGACCUGCAUCGCUACCACGAGCAGCUGAAGGAGACGUCCGUCCGACAGUUCCGCGCAGUCAAGAAGAUGGGCGGCGCCGAGUACUGCCAGCGCUACCAGGACCAGCUGGAGACGGAGCUGGACGAGCUGUACGCCAACUUCAUCAAGCACAACGACAGCAAGAACAUCUUCUACGCCGCACGCACCCCCGCCACGCUCUUCGCCGUCAUGUUCGUGGCCUACGUCAUCUCCACGGUGACGGGCUUCAUUGGCCUGUCGGCCAUCGCCGCGCUGGCCAACCUGGUGAUGGGCGUGUCGCUGAUGUCGCUGUGCGCCUGGGCGUACGUGCGCUACUCGGGCGAGUACAGGGAGGUGGCCGAGGCCAUCGACAUCACAGCGGAGGCCCUGUGGGAACAGGUGCUGAAGCCUCUGACGGAGCAGUACAUGGAGGAUAAUAUCAGACAGACUGUAGUGAACUCAAUAAGAGCCAGUUUAACGGAGCCCUUGGCCAAUCCCGGUGCAAAGUUAAAACCCAACUGACCUCCGACCCUCGAGACACAACCUCCGCCCUCUAGCUGUGUGUGUGUGAAUGGGAGAGAAGAAAACAGAAUGGACUUCAUCUCAUAGUGGAACUAAAACCAAAGUUUACACUCAACACCUGGACCUGUCUAGUUGUCAAUCCCCCCAGCCCCUCUCCAAUGCUGGCAAAUCAAACUGACCACACACACUCACCCACUCACACACACACUCACUCACUCAUGCAUACACACAGAUCUACUGACUCCACUUUCACAUAGAUUGACUCCAUCUUGUGCAUAGAGACAAACUGACCUAUAUACGCUCGUUUGUUAGUGACGCAUACUGAAACCAGAAGACCCUGUUCUGCCAAGUACGGUGUUAACGGUGCCAUGACAACCAUUAACCUGAGCCCUUAUCUCUGAGGGCCUUGUUUAUUUUCUGUUUAUUUUCUAUUUGUUUUGCCUUUUUCUGUUCUCACUGUCAGCCUUGUAAACAAGUAUAGAUAAACUCACAGACCGGCAGAUGCAGAGUACAGACUUCGAGGUAGAGGCAUACUGUCACGACUCGACCAGUGGUCGUUGUGUUGACGUGUAUCAUCAGAAGGCUCGGCACCAAAAUCCAUCCAAGGCUCGUUUGCGUGAAGCUCUCCAUUGUACAGUUGCUAGAAAAUCAUGUUAAUUUGUAUCAUAGAUGACAGCGCAUGUACAUGAAUGUAUAAAUCCAUGAUUUUUGUAUCAUUUUUGUAGAUGACUGUAGGUGAGUGUGAAGUUUGUCUGGCGCGUUCUUUGAUUCGGUGCGGUGGAGACCAGUGUUGUCUUUUGUUAUCUUUUGUUCUAAGCCCCGCCCCUGACCCCACCCCUUCCACAAGCUCCAAUCAGAAGCCACUUUUCUGAGGGCCGAGAGUAGCGGAUUGGUGGACGCAGGGUUGGGGUUCAUCUGGCCUUUUAAAAGCUGCACCCUGUAAUUUAUUUUUUAAAAGUUGAUUAAAAUACAUAUUUUAAAUUUA